AUGGAUUACAUUUGGAUGCUAAAGCUUAUCUCCCUGCUGCUCUUGGUGGAUCUGGGAUCCCCGGAGACCUUCAAGUUUUAUGAGUAUAUUACGGAUGAAAAAGAUUGGCGCCAUUAUGGUUAUAUCUCACCUGUCCAGAAUCAGGGAGAGUGCCAAGCCAGCUGGGCCAUGUCAGUGGUAGGUGCUCUGGAGGCUCACACGGCGAUUAAUAACCACGAGCUGGUGGAGCUAUCAGCUCAGCAAUUGAUCGACUGUGCACCGCAUCCUAACAAUGGUUGCCAUGAAGGAAAGACUAACGAUGCCUUUCAUUAUAUUGGGGAUCAUGGCAUCGCUUCCAAGGCAUCAUAUCCCUAUCGUGCUGUCCAAUCAAAUUGUAGCUACAAUUCCAAUUCCACUGCUGGCAGGAUGAAGUUCCUUGUGACCUAUCUCAAUUCCGAUGAGAAGCGACUGACAGAACUGGUGUACAACAUUGGACCCGUGGUGGCGCACAUAGACAACCAACACGAGUCUUUCUUAGAAUAUAAAUCAGGAAUCUACCAUGAGGAGAAUUGCAGAUCGGAUAUGGAAAACCUAACCUUACCUGUUUUAGUGGUGGGUUAUGGUACGGAUUGCAAAAAUGGCAGCUACUGGAUCCUGAAAACCUCCUUUGGACUGAAUUGGGGAGAAAAUGGAUACAUGAGGCUGGCCAGGAAUAAAGGCAAUAUGUGCGGCGUCUCAACUCUGUUGGAAUAUCCCUAUGUCGAGAAGUAA